AUGAACGAGAGUGCAAAACAACAGUCGUCAGUGGACGAUAGCAAUUUGACGGUCUCUGCACGGUAUCUGCAGCACCAUCCCUUAGCGUCCGAGUUUGUCGCAGAGUACACGCUUGGAGACGAGCUGGGAUCCGGCGGGUUCGGAUUCGUGGUCUCUGCGACGCGCAACUCGGACAAGAAGGAGGUCGCUGUCAAGUUUAUUUUUCGAGAGAAGGUGCCAGUUCAUGGCUGGGCUAAGGACCCAGAACUCGGUGUGGUCCCCAUGGAGAUCUAUGCGCUCAGGAACGUCAGCCAUCCAAACAUCAUCAAGUUCUUGGGAUCGUACCAGGAUUUCAAGUACUUCUACCUGGUGAUGGAGUUGCACGGAACACCCUGGUCAGCCAGUAACCCCCUGUUGAGCAAGAGCGAUGGUCCGAGCUCAAUGAUGGAGGCCAUUGCCAAGGCGACAAUGAAUCAACGCAACGCGGCUGCCGAGAACGGCGGCGGAUCAGCUUCUUCGACCAGCUCAGGAACCGCAUCGUUCCAAUCCUCAGCAUCUAGCAGCUCCUCUAGUUUGAACCAGUUGGCAGAAGAAGUCGAAGAGCCGCCCAAGCCGGCACUGUUGGUCCGCAGGACGUCGUGCGACCUCUUUGAGUGCAUCGAGCACCAUUCCAAGUUCUCAGAGGCCCAAGCCCGUUCGAUCUUCAAGCAGAUUGUUGAUUGUGUGUACUACCUGAACUCCCGGGGGAUCUGCCAUAGGGAUAUCAAGGAUGAGAACAUUGUAAUUGACAACGAUUUUGUUGUCAAGCUCAUCGAUUUCGGUUCCGCAGUGAUUAUCCCUCCUCAAGGCAAGCUCUUUGAUCGGUUCUACGGUACCAUCAAUUAUGCAUCACCGGAGAUCCUCAAGGGCGCGAAGUACCGUGCCGAGUCAGCAGAGAUUUGGUCCCUCGGCAUCCUGCUGUACACAAUUCUCUAUGGCGAGGUUCCCUUCAACGAUCCCAUUCAGGCCAUCUCGGGCCCUUAUAUCCAGCCACGCGUGCAGUCCUCUAGCGAGUGCCUCCAUCUACUGAACUGGAUGCUGGCCAAGGCUCCAGAGCGCCGCGCAACAAUCCAGGACGUGGCUAAGCAUCCAUGGAUCGCUGGUGUGAGCAUGCCCAAUAUGUAA